AUGACUGCCCGCGAAGAAGCCGACCCCGACCUCCUUCCCUUUUCAUCGCACUCACAGGGGGCUAGGAGAAUCAAAGCACUCGAAGAAAAGGUCAACGAUCUUCUGACAUUGCUCACUCCUGACAAGAAUGUUCUUGGAGAUACGAAUGUUACAGCCAUAGCCACUACAUCAGCACCACUGGAACAAGUGAACAGUGACAAUGUCUCGUUUGCCUCGACCACGAAUGUGCACAGCACCAAGACCUGUGCACCACCGACCGCGGACGAGAACCGACAAUUCGACGUGAUUGAUAGCGGUGUGCUGACAAUGGCAACUGCUAAUGCCCUCUUGAAGAAAUACCAACAAGUUCAUUCGCAGUUCUUUCCGUUCGUAAUAGUUGCUCCAGAAAUCGAUGCUGCUACAUUACGGAGAGACGCCUCUGUUCUUUUCCUGGCCAUCACGACGGCGUGUCUCGAAGAAGACCAUGCGGUUCAAAGACGGCUUGGUGUCGAGCUGAAGAGGAUGCUCUGCGAGCGGAUACUGAUCAGAAACGAGAGGAACAUCGAACUCUUACAAGCGCUGCUCGUUCACCUCAGCUGGAUCCAUUACCACUUCCAUCCCAUGAACAACAAGCAGUCAUAUAUGCUGCUUCAAAUGGCGAUCGGCCUUGUUAUGGACCUUGAUCUUGACCGGUGUCCCGCGCAUCGUGAUCAGAGAAAGCGAAGUUGCCAACACAAUGCCAGAGGACGACGGCUGAAACUCGCGCCCUUCUGGGUUGCUUUUACCUUUGCUCUUCGUAAGUACAACUCCAUGUAUGGCCUUGACGAAGCCGGUCUCACCAAAUCAAGCAUGGCAAUGACGCGCAAGGAACUCGUCAUGAGGCACACCGAGUGGAUCGAACACUGCUGCCAUGUUCUUCGGGCCGCGCAGGAGACCGCCACGGACGUGUAUGCAAUAGCUUUUGUCGGCGCCAAACGCCUGGCGCAACAGAUUACCGAGAGAUUCUCAUACGGCGAUCACACCUUCAUCCGAUUCCAGAGCGAUGCUGUGAUACAGAUGUCCCUGAAUGGCUUCAAGAAGGAAAUUGCAGAGCUAGGAGCGAGCUUUGCAUUCUCGGCCGCACAGGAAAAUUAUGUGCUGAUGGCUGAGCUGAGAGCUUUGCCGGUCAUUAUGCACGAGGUCGCCUUAUAUCGCGAUCCGGCAAUUGCAUUACAGUCGACGAUUACCACCUCCCAUCUCUGGGAGCUGCUGACCUCGACCCGAGCCUUCUUGGACUAUUUCCUGAGCGUACCGACAGACGCGCUGAGACAUCUACCGGCCGCGUUCUUCAGCUUCUCCGCGUACGCGCUGAUCGUCCUUUCGAUGAUUGCGCGCCUUCCCUCGACAAGCGGAUGGGACAGCUCGAUGGCCAAACACGAGGCGGACGUCCUGAAUAUCGCGCAACGUGUGAAAAUCAAAGUCGGCGACGAGCUCACCCGGGCGGGCCACAGCGUGAGCACAGAACAGAAAGACGUCUGGGCAUUCUUCGGACGUGGCAUGGGCGGCUUGAUGGCGUGGCAUGAGAGGUGUGAGAAGGAGAGCGAAGGGACUGUAGCAGCAACAGGAGGCGGAGAGAGAGACUACGAGCUUCCGAUCAGCGAGUCUGGUGCACCCUUGACCACGAGGUGUGCCGUGGCGGACAUGAUGACUCCGUUCAACGCAUUGCGCUUCCGCAAGCACGUCCAUCCGAGCACUGGUGGUGGUGUCCCGAACGGACCCCAAGGGGAGAAUCCCAAUGCUGCUUCAGGCGGAACUGCAUUCAUCGGCGGCGGCGUUGGUGGUGGCGCCGAUACCCAGCCCACAGACAUGGGGACCAGCUUCUGGGACGACGAGGUGUGGCAGUCCAUUAUGGAUGAGUUUUCGAUGUUCCCUACGAGUGCCGGCUUCCCCACUGGACCAAGCGUACAGCAUCAGGUGGAAAGAUUGCGGUGGUGA